AUUUUUUUCCUGGAAUUUUGCGCUUUUUGCAGACUUCGGAUAAUAUUUAUUUCUAUAUUUUGAGUUGGUGCCUUAUGGAGUAAAUAAUAUACAGAAGAUAUAUUUUUUUUUCAAAUUUAAUUUUUCGAUCCACGUGGGAUCAGCCUUUGUCAUACCCAUGUGCCUUCAACAUUGAUUGAUUUCGAGGAUUUUAUUUUUCCGUGCCUUCAGCGUUGAUUUUCAGAAUCAAAAGUUACCGCCAAAGAUGAUGGAAUCAUCCGUGGCUGUUUAAAAAAAAGGAGUUAAUUUAAUUUUUACUUCUCAUUUGUGUGAAGAUGACCAUGGAUUACCAUCAUCCAUACAAUGUGUAUCCGGAGUAUUAUUGCCCCAGCUAUCAGGGGCCCGGAUAUCCGUUCCCGUCCCAACAAUCUCACCCACCCGCACAUCCCCAACACAGGCAGCAAAUGCCAAAUCCGCAGAGGAAUUUCAAUAACAAUGUCAUCGGCAAUCCAAACUUUAUUUGCCCUCCUCCUCCUCCUCCUCAUCAUCAACAGCAACCUCCACCACAGCAGCAGCAACCUCCACAGCAUUAUUUCCCUUAUCAGCAGCAAGGUCAACAACAACAACAACAACAACGCCAGCAUUCCAGCUACACAUCACCGUACGUGCCUAACUUCUUGGUCAGCUCUGGAACCGGACUCACGCCUACAUUGACUCCGACCACUCUCGCUACCAUCGAACAAUCUUUUAUGGAACUCCAAAACAAUCAGCAAAAUGGCGGCCGUGACCCGGUCACUCAGAGCGGGUUUGUCCCUCCGGUAGUCGAUCCGGGCCACAGCGCCGAACAGUCCCAAGACAGCUACGACUACUCCUCCUCUGAUGGAGAAUGGGAGCCGAAAGCGAAGCGAGGUCGCAUGUCUGCCGACAUGAAAGACGUCAAUCUGAUUGUGACAGCUCAUGGAACCAUCAAUGCCACACCACAGAGGAAGUACACAAGGAGGAAUAAGGAUGAAAAGGUAAGAGGGAAAUUCCUAAACGUUAAAGUUCGAGACAAGAGGCAAAACUCUGUUGUAAUACUUUUUUUUUAUUGGAAGGGAAGAUGAUGAAACCUCACUAAAAUUCCAAAGCAAUCAUCAGCAAAGAGCCUAAUUUGUGCUUAGUGUACGUGGCACGAAACUGUUUUUUUCCCCCCAUCUCCAAAAAUGAAAAAAAUGUGUACCAGGCCCUACAUUCUUGUACUGAACAAAUAUUUUUAUGAUUACAACCUGCCAAACUGUUUCUUUAAUCAAUUUUUUAAACCUCUUUUAAGUAUGUAUAAUAUAAUAUUAUAUUCUGAAUAGUGUAGUGAUGCGAGUUUGGAUUUUGUUUUGUUUCUGUACAUAAGUCAUGAGAGCAGAGAUACUUGGCACAACGCCUUUUGGAAAAAUCUUGUCUUUGAAAUCUCAAACAUGUAGGGUUGUAGGUCCAACUAUAUAUUUUUUUUUUCAGACUUUGUUAUAAAACCUUCUGUAUUUUCCCCCCUUAGUUUUAAACCUAAAAUGAAACUAUUGUUUUGUACACAGUAAUUCAUUAGUUGUUUUUUCUCAAGUGACUUCCUAUUCUUAAGUCAAUAAAGUCUUAUAUGAUUUGUUGUGGACAAAAAACCCCCUAAAUCCUAAAAGUAGAAAAUUCCCUGGGAAGUAGGAAUCCGAAUCCUGUUGUGGCACAGUGGAGCCUCAGGCUUUCUUGUGGUUUGGUGAAGCGGAAUUUCUUUUCCUACUACUAGAUCUAGUAUAAAGUAAGGCAGAUUUUGUAACUGAAAAGUACUUGAUGGCUGUGCUAUCAUCACAGCUUGCUUGCUUGUUGGCAGAGGAUGAAGGUUGGGGGGGGGGGGGGGGGGGAGAGGAGAGGACGGAGAUGUAGUCACUUCUAAUAUUAUCUCUGCUCAUCAUAGUCACAUGAUGUCUCUUAGUGGACUCUGCACUCUUAUCAUCACGGGCACUUUAUGAAUAAUAAUACUGAUUACCUCAGGCUUACAGGAGCGCGGAAUAAUUUUAGAAAUAACCGAUUCCCAAAUGGCAUUUUGUUGUAGUUUUUAAAUUUUUUAUAUAUUUUAAAGCACUAUUCCGUAGGAAAUGAUCAUCAUUCUUGACUCUGUAAAUGGAAACUGACAAUGAAAUCUAUUUCUGUUUCUGAUGCGAGUGCGCCCAGGUAACAUAUUUAUGUGCGAACAGUUGUCAGCUGGUGUUGACAACGUACAGGGAAUCUGGCUCAAUGUAAUCCUAGUCGGUGAAAUGCCCGGGCUCAGGAAUUGGGUCAUGUUUACGAAAUGCUCUUGAUGAACCUGCUGGCGAA